AUGAACUUAUUUACAUAUCAAAUAGAAUUGAGUGUAAACGUGGGUGUCAACCACCCUUUGAGUUUUGUAAAUCUGCUUUCAGCUUUCAUCAACAUAUCUGCCAGCACCCUACACAUGAGAAAAUACCCUUUCUUUAAAAAAUUGUUACAAAUAUUUAUUAAAAAGUGCAAUUCAAAAGUUAGCUGGGCAAAUACAUCAUUGCAAAUCACAAAAAAAAAAAAAAAAGAAAGAAAGAAAAAAAAAAGAGGAGGAAUAAAAGCCCCAAACAAAACAAAAACCAUGAAAUACAAACAAAAGGAGGGGGAAAUUUUUGAAAAAGUUAGGAAUGGACCCCAAAAGAUUAGGAAAUGA